GUUGCCCUGUGGUUAAACCUUAUCCCUGAUCUAGUUCAUGCUGGUAACCUGGAGAGACAGGGGAACCUUGAAGAGUAUUUAACCUACCAGGAGACUUUACCAUUUAUCCCUAGUAUCAAGGAAAUCAGUUUGAUGAAAGACAAAACCAGACCUGCUCUUCUAGAAUCCCAACCUUCAUCCUCUCCCUCUCCUCUCUCACCACCAGUCCAGAUUGGAGUAACUCCCGCCACCUCGCACAAUGAGUCCUUGUUUGCUCUGGAGGGAAGUCUUAGCUCCUACUCUACUGCUCUCAGUGUUACUAUUGCUAUAGGAACCUCACUUCUCAUUCUUAAUAUCCUAAUCUUUGCUGCUGUAUACUACCAGAGGGAUAGGAACAAGAUGGGUUCAAGGUACAGUUUAUCCCAUGGGUCAGAUCCUGGAGCACCGGUCAACCUGACUCAACCUCUAGGCUCUCAUCCUCCCAGUCUUAGUGGUAGCAUUAAUAUGUCGAGAACACCACAAUCCAGGAGGCAAUCCUGCCGGUUAUCCUAUACUGGUGGAGGAGGACCCAGCAGUGCUUACCUGCCUCCACCACAGUUUGCUGACGGUCAGAGUUCAGAGUGCUCUGAAACCUUCUCUCUAGGUGGAGGGGGACCUAUGGGAGUAGUUCCUAUCAGUAUUUCAACUCUACCCCGGAGAUGCCACCAGGGGGUUGGGUCGGAUACACAACCCUUGAUUAUUGGAGCAUCUUUCCGAACCCUGCCCAGGAACCCGGCAGACAUGUCUAGACCUUACUCCGGGACCCAGGACGGGUCUUCUCCGGGUACACAGACACUACCGCUCAAGAGCAGUUUGAAGAAACCAUCAACAAGACCGGAGACAAUUCUAGCAGACCCUGAGGGAGGUGUGGAGGAGUUGAGAGUAUGACACAAGCUGAUAAAUACAGGAGCGACCAGUUUCUAAAAGUAUCAGAGAUGCAUCAUGAAAAUUCAUUCUGCCGAGCACACAGAGCACCCAACCCAAACUGUAUACAGAGAAUUCAGUGAAAAAAGUAUAUUCAACAAUAACCCCUGAAAGUGUUUAACUGAACAAAGAAAACAAGGGAAAACUCUUCUUUAGUGAGUUAAGACAAGUUGAUUCCCAAAAUCCGAUAUUUCUGAAAAGUUUGCGUAAACUUGAACUUAAAUAAAAUAGGUUUACGAAAGGAAUUUCAAAAAUUUUUGUUUAUAUAAAAAAUGAUUAAAACUAUAUUUAUUAUGAUAACUUUGAACUACAUCUAUUGUUUGAUGUUCUGAACUUUUGAUAUUGUAUAAAAUGAACUGGUACGCUCUGUCUAAGGUACCUUAUAUUAUAUGUUUUUAAAC